AUGGCCAUGAGGAAGCUGCAAAUCACAGCAGCAGCAGUGGCGCUACUACUAUUCUUCUCUUCUACAAGUGAUGCCCAAAUCUUUGAUGUCACCAAGUACGGAGCAAAGGCUGAUGGAAAAUCGAACAUCGACAAAGCUUUGAUGAGCGUAUGGAAGUUGGCUUGUGCAUCAACCAGCCCCAGCAAGAUUGUGAUUCCAAAGGGCACAUAUUUACUAGGAGAAGUGAAAAUUCAAGGCCCUUGCAAGGCUCCAGUGGAGAUUCAGGUCCAGGGUACAGUGAAGGCUCCUGGAGACCCCUCGUCGUUCAAAACCGAUGGUUGGCUCACCUUCAAUCACAUUGAUAAAUUCACCUUGUCCGGUGGUGGGGUCUUCGAUGGACAGGGGAAGAUCGCCUGGGAACAAAACGAUUGCCACAAUAACACGAACUGCAAGAUGGCUCCUGCGAACUUGAGAUUCAACUUCAUCACCAAUGCUUGGGUCCAUGACAUCACGACACUCGACAGCAAGAACUUCCAUGUGACCGUAUUGGGCUGCAAGAACUUCACCUUCCUUAGGUUCACAGUGACUGCACCAGAAGAUUCUCGCAACACUGAUGGGAUCCACAUUGGACGUUCAGAUGGGAUCUACAUAACAGACUCAACCAUCGGGACAGGGGACGAUUGCAUCUCCCUCGGGGACGGGAGCAGGCAGGUACAUGUGACCGGGGUGAAGUGCGGACCAGGCCACGGGAUCAGCGUGGGGAGCUUGGGAAAGUACCAAGCCGAGGAGCCGGUUUCAGGAUUCUGGGUCAAGAACUGCACCCUCACCAAUACCCAGAAUGGAGUCAGAGUUAAGACUUGGCCUGCUUCGUAUCCAGGAUCUGUCUCUGACUUGCACUUCGAGGACAUUACUAUGGUUAAAGUCGGGUAUCCCAUCAUCAUCGACCAAGUCUACUGCCCCUGGAACCUAUGCAAGCCCGAUAUCCCCUCACUGGUGAAGAUCAACAACGUAUCCUUCAAGAACAUCCGUGGGAGCUCUUCGACAGCGGUGGCAGUGAAGCUCGUGUGCAGCAGCAAGGUGCCGUGCAAAGAUGUGGUGGUCGGAGACAUCAACCUCACAUACGACGGUCCCGAGGCCCCAGCAGCAUACUCCCAGUGUUCUAAUGUCGUCCCCUCCUUUCAGGGCAAACAGAGCCCCCGAGUUUGCGCCUGA